CCGAAGAACGACCUGCAUCAAUUUGAAGAAGAGAUAUGUAGUUUUUUUUGUAUGACCAUUUUCUGGUUAACUAGCUCGUUGUUGUUUUGUUUUUUUAGGUAUUAAUGCAUAAAUGAUGAAAUAGCGCAACAAAAAAAAAGAAUAGCGCAGCUGGACUGUUGAGUAUUGGCAAAUAUUAUCUGACUGCUGCUAGUUUUAACACCGUGAAGUCUGCAUGUUUAUUUAAUCUGCCUCGCUUUUCAUCUGAUACUGAGCAUGCCUGCUCCUUACCUUGAACAAGUUAGAAGAGCCAAGGACCGGCAGGAUGCCAAAGUUCCUUCCACCAUUACACCCACCUUGAAGGAGAUAUGCCUCAAAACAGUGAGUCGUCACAUGGAUGUACUAGACAAGAAAGUUCUUGACCUACCAAUCUCACUGAUCAAGGAGCUCCUGCAUCAUUUAAACAUUGUUGAUCUGGAUAGAAUUCAGCCUGCAGUGAACCGGAAAGGAAUCUCCACCUCCUAUGUGUGGGCAGGAAUAUUGAGAAAAAUCUCUGGGCCUCGCAAAGGGAGUACCAUACUCACCGAAGAUGAAUGGAGGGCGAUAAGCAUGCAUAAGCUCUUUAACUUGGCCUUCUAUGGCUUCAGGUUCAGAGAUGAUACAAAAUACCUCCUGAAUGUCAACUUUAACUCCCUUCUCUUGGUCAUGGCCAAAUACAUCCAGCACCUGGUUCUUCGAACAUCACGACCACACGGCUACUUCUUCGCAAGGAGGUCUGUUCUGAGCGUUCUGGAGAAGGGUGUAAGGUGCAUUCAACUGGGAGAGAGCACUCAGCUCAGAGAGUGGCCCAGCGAUGUCUUAUACGCCAUGCACCGUUUACUGGACCAUGGGGCAGCCAGUGAAGUCAUCAUAAACCAGAGCCCAGAUCCUCGUCUGCUGGCUUGGAUUCUUCACGGCAGGGGACCUCAGAGUAAAAGCCACCAAUGUCCAAUGGAGUCCAGGCAAGGUGAGAUGGUCAAAUGUGCCCAAGUGGCAAACACUGCAGGAACCACUGCUGGAGAUGCUGAAGCAGCCAACUGCCAGGUCCCAGAGGAAGAGGAGCCUGAUGAAGUGGAUAAUAAUGGUGGGACUCCAUGCAAGCAUCCAAGGUUGAGUAUUGCCUCAGCGAAGGCAGAGCUUGACUUGACCAGCUCCCCAUGCCAAUGUAUGGUCCCCAAGCCACUGUGCCAGAUGUUUAUUCCCUCGGCUGGUCACUCGACAGAGAUUUGCUCCAAGGGACAAAUCCAUUCAGUAAAGAUCAAUGAUAUCAGAGGUGGAGUCUUCCCUGUACUACUUCCUCUCCUGCCUUCUUGGCUGUGCCUCCACUCUCUAAGCCUGCAAAGUGCUUGGACCUUUGAGGAGGGUGAUGCGUUGAGCCUGGCAGAGUCUCUCCAGCAGCUGUCUGCUACACCAGGCUGCUCCCUGAUUGAGCUGAGUGUGGGGUCCCUGACCCACCCUGCUCUCAUGGAGUCCCUGCUGAAUGCAUGCCCCACCCUCAGGUCAUUCUCCAUGGAGAUCCACCCUGUAGCAGAGUACCACAGAGCCCCACUGAGAAGGAUUCCCCAGCCUGCACACCAAGCAGAACUCUCACUGGAGAAGCUGUGUGUGAAAGUACCCAAAUUGAGGACCAGUGUGGAGAGUCUGAUGUGUGUGUUGCUACGCUCUCCUCACCUCACCUCACUUCACGUCUCAGGAAUCAACAGCUCAACUAGCUUCUCACCCAGCCACCUCCUCAACACAGUGGCAGAGUCCAAUCGCCACCUGAAGGAACUCAUCCUGGAGGAUAUCAACCUGUCUGACUGUCACUGUGCAAUCUUCCAGCUACUGGAUAACUACUGUAUGUUGGAAGCGUUGUCAUUGAAGGACUGUCGGCUUCUGGAGAAAUGCAGUGACAAGGAAGAUGUUGUCCGACAGCUGGUUAAUUCUCUCAAAAAGGUUCCAUCUCUCCUGUCCCUCAACCUGGCUCAAAACCGCCUCGCCAAGACUGUGACAGUGUUGGGGGAACUCUUCAAAGGACCCUCACCAAGCACAGUGAAAGAACUGGACAUCAGCUCCAACUUCAUCCAGCCUCCUGAGCUGCUGGAGUUAGGGAGGUUAUUGGAGACCCACCGUCCUCCCGAGAGACUACUCCUCACCCUGAAGAGCAACCCACUGGACAGAGACCUGGAGCUGAGGGACACGGCACUGGGCACGCUCAGUCACCUUUGUGACCUCAUCACUGACCACUGGAACUCCAGGGACACCAUGGCUGACCACAUCAGCAUCAUGUGAACUAGGUCUUAGGUCUUGCGAAUGGAGUAGGGUCAAGUUGCCUCUAGGUGCUGAUCUUGGGACAGUUUUGCAUUUCCCUCACUAAUUUGGAGUGAGGGAGGGGAAGCUGGUCCUAGACCUGUAUAUAGGGGAAUCUUCACCUCGUAGCCCUGCAAAUUCUGGGUUGCGUUCAUUAGUAACACUGUAAAACGUUUUGCAUCGGAAAACAAAUAUGAACAAUAUAUUCCAGUUUACAACACUCAUAGGGAAGUUGCUGUUUUGUAUGUUAAGGCAGUUGCAGGCCUAAUAAGCCAAAAACUAUGUGCUACAUAAAUACAAGUGGCCUUAUAUUUGGCAUAUAGUCCCCUGUAGCUCAGUUGGUAGAGCAUGGCGCUUGCAACGCCAGGGUUGUGGGUUCGUUUCCCACGGGGG